UUUUAUAUUGGACUAAAACAAAUGAACGUAAUGAUUUUUAUCGGCCAUAAACCAGUUUGAUCCCGGGUCCAUGUUUGCAGGGCGAUGCCGUGCGUCCAGACCCAGAGCGGCUCCUCUCCACAAGGAGCCAGUCCGGCCUCUCAGAGCGCCAGCGGGGAGCGCGGCUGCGACUUCCUCACCCCGGAGUUUGUCAAGUUCAGCAUGGACCUCACCAACAGUGAACUCUCGGCGGCAACGUCGGCUCCCACGUUUAGCCCGUCGGGGGACAGUUACGGCGCCGCGUACGACGCCAAGCCGCCGUGUCUCUUCCAGAUGCCGGCGCAGGGAGAGCUGCCGUGCGUCAAGGUGGAGGAUGCGCACGGGUGUCCGCGGUAUCAUCCGAAUCAGCACCACCCGCACCGGUCCAACGAGCCGCUCUCCCCCCCGGGUCCCGUGCACUAUUACCGCUCCCCGUCGCCGCAAACUCCGCCCGGACACGUGUGGGAGGACUGCGGCUCUCUCUACAGUUUCCGACCAGACUACUUAGCGGCGGCGCACAAGAAAAACACGCUGUCCAGACUCUCGCUGUUCUCCCUCAGACACGCGCAACACGGCGCAAACACCUUGUCCACCUGCCGAAUGGCACCGGGCGGCACCGGGGUUUUGGGCGCCGCUUCCCACGGGAAGCAGCCCGCGGGGGGGUUUCCUCACCCGCUUCAGUUCGCCCACGCUCACCACUUCGUGGACUACCGGGCUCCGCGCGCUCCCGACCGAGGACCGCUGAGCGCGGAGGGGCUGUGCGCGGUGUGCGGCGAUAAUGCGGCGUGCCAGCACUACGGGGUGCGCACGUGCGAGGGCUGCAAGGGCUUCUUCAAGCGCACAGUACAAAAAAACGCCAAGUACGUGUGUUUGGCCGCCAAAAGCUGCCCGGUGGACAAGCGCCGGAGGAACCGAUGCCAACACUGUCGCUUCCAGAAGUGCCUGGCGGUGGGAAUGGUCAAAGAAGUGGUGAGGACGGCGGGCCUGAAGGGCCGAAGGGGUCGUCUGCCGUCCAAACCCAAAACCCCCGCGGACACGUCUCCCCCCGCCAGCGGCCUCCUGGGCGCGCUGGUCAGGGCGCACGUGGAAUCGAGCCCCCCCCCUCCCCGCGUCGACUGCUUCAGGGUAAGCGAACGAGUUGUAAGCGAACGAAAGGGCCCGAGCAGAGGCGUUGUUUUUUUUCCCCGUCUCUUCAUCCCACUGGUGACCCUCCGCCAGCUCAACGAGACCCCGGGAGGUCCGCCGGGGGACGACGUCCAGCACGUGCGGCAGUUCUACGACCUCCUGACCCGGUCCAUGGAGGUGAUUCGGGGUUGGGCGCAGAAGAUCCCGGGCUUCACGUCUCUCCCCAAACACGACCAAGACCUCCUCUUCUACUCGGCCUUCCUGGAGCUCUUUGUUCUGCGGCUGUCGUACAGAUCCAGCCCCGAGGAGGGGAAGCUGGUCUUCUGCGACGGGUCGGCGUGGCGCCGGCCCCAGUGCCUGCGGGGCUUCGGGGAGUGGAUCGACGGUAUCGUGGCGUUCUCCGCCGACCUGCAGCGGAUGAACCUGGACGUGUCCACCUUCUCCUGCGUGUGCGCCCUCGCCCUGGUCACCGCAGCGGAGCGACACGGGCUGAAGGAGCAGGAGAAGGUGGAGGAGCUGCAGGGCAGCGUCGUCCGGUGCUUGAAGGACGCCGACGGAGCCUCGGGCUGUUGGUCCCACCAGUUGUCCAGACUUUUGGAGAAGCUGCGUGAAGUUCGCACCCUGUGCAUCCGAGGCCUGCAGAGGAUCUUCUAUUUGAAGCUGGAGGACCUGGUGCCGCCGCCGGCAGCGAUUGAGAAGCUGUUCCUCGACACGCUGCCGUUUUAGAGAGGGGGG